UUCUCAUUCUCAUUUUAUAGUUGAAGAUGGCCGCUUGAAGUAUCUCGUCAACAUGUGUGCUGUAAAAAUGUGCCCGUUUGAGAUAAAUAACCUCGCCUGCGCGAUAUCGACUGGAAUCAACACGGCAAUCGACGCCGAUCUGCAAUUAAAGGAAAUCAUCCCCGAAUCGUGUUGUCUUCAGUGUUUGACGGGAAACCCGUGGCAUUGCAUACGACGUUACCCGCUGCGUCGCUACGAGGGCGUCGAGGAUCGUAGUAUUAGCACACCACAUUUAACAAUAUCGAGAAGAACAGGCAGAACACCAGUUUGAGUUCAAACACGCCAGGGAUUCUUUUGCUCCUUGGAUCUGCACGUUUAGACUUCUCUAGCAUCACGUGUUCGUCAAUCUUUCUCGUCCUGCAGCAAAUUCAAAAUGUAUUCCGCACAACACCCAAUAAUGUCUUACAUUGCGAUGAAAAAGAGGCAAACGCUCUGCGUUUUACGUGGAGAAGACAACGCACCAUCGUCGAAUGAUCGGAGAACAUCUCUCCUCCAGAAUUUUAUAAGAGGGCGUUAUUUACGGAAUUUGAUAUAUCGAGCGAAUAAUCCGUUGUCAGUUACGGUAGUAAAUGAUGAAAUACUGACUUCUGGUCUUUUGAAAAAUUCGCCGAUGAAGACCAAGGAUCUGUCGUACACAAUGGAAGAGGAAAAAUUGCCACACGAUUCGAAGGAAAAAUACCCCACAGAUUGUAUUUCUAUGUUUGGACGUGCGCCCGAAACGGAUUACCUACAAGGCUGGCAUAUCGUCGACGACUCUAAUUCAGUUAAGAUCAGAAAUGAUGUAAACCUCAGAAAGAAUUCUGAUGACACGCACGACGAUAAUAGUACAACAGAAUCUCACCCUAUGCUGCAAGUUAACGAAAUAGAAAAAACAAUGAACAAUAUGACUGAUGCUUCUGGUCCUUUGGAUGUCGAUCCACGGAAGCGCGAAGUUGACAUCCACAAAGACACGGAUGUCGAAUCUUUCCUCGUGGUUUCUCAUUCGGAUGUGCCAACCACGCCCGUAGAUGUCGUUGAGGAAAAUUCAAUGUCGCGUUUUUCCAACGUCUGUCGAAAUGCUUGGACGUCGACCUGGAACAUCGUGACUAAUCGACUUUACUGCAAAACAGGAUCAGCGAGAAUGUCGGUAAAGCGUCCGUUGUAUCCCACGAAGCAACACUAUCGGAGAAAGGCCAACGCCAUCGCGAUAGGUCGUGGUCGCGGUAGAGCGAAGUGUCAGCUGAGGCGUUCUGGGGUGAGUCAAACCAUACGCCGGAAGGAAUGUAUCAAGUACGAAGAUUAUGAGACUAUGCAGAACAAUCUUGUCGGUGCAGCACCAAGCGAUCACCCGUUAGGCAGUAAGUUUGAUAGCUUAAACAGCAUAGAUUCUUCGGAUCACGUCAUAAAACAGAUCGAUAGUCCGUCGAUAUCUAGAUCCCCUACAACUACGAGAGGAAAAUCGAAGGCGUGCAAGAAGAAGAAGAAGACUAAAGCGAGACACGUGACCAAGGUGCGUUACAUAGCUAAGCCUUCGAGGAUGAAAGAUCUCGAGGACAGGACUGGCGAGAUGUCUGAUGCACAAGAGGAUUCGUCCCGAUCGCGGACAUCGUCGGAGCACUUCGCUGAAGUUGAGGAUGAUUGGAUCGUUUUCGAGGACGACGAUGAUGAAAAAUUGUCCGAGACACGUGAGAAACGAGGAGCGACAGAAUACCCUAUCAGAGCACGUUAUGUACCUAAUUCGAUGAGGAAGAGGGAUAGUUCCUACGAGGAUUCCAACAGCGAAACUCACGAUGCCGAGGAAGUUUCGUUUCGGAUGCGGUCGUCGUCGGAGAGUUCCGUCGAUUCUGAAGACAGUAAUCAUAGUUCCAUAGUUUUCGACGAACAGGAAGCGAUGGAAUGCCCAAGAAUGCAUGGUCGUUUAAUGAAUAUUAGCGACAAAUACUGCAAAGAUUUUAAUAGUCUAAUGCAAAAGCAUUCGUUUCAACGCCGCCGAUUACCGUCAGACAGUUCUGAAACUUCUGACGAUUCUAAUAUUUCCGAAACUUCUGAUACUACCAAUAGUUCCUUUGCCACUGAAGGGAACGACGACGUUGACGGCUAUAAUGAGGUGAGCUUCCAUGACGGAGACUCGAUCGUCUUUGCCGAUGACGACAGCGAGGCAUCAACAGCGCAAACAAAGAAGGUGAGUUUCGACCCGACUCCAGUCGUACACGUCAUGGUAACAUGGAAUUAUGCGUACCGAGCAGCCCGAAGAGGUCCUUGGGAAGAAAUUGCGCGGGACACCGAGAGAUUCAGGGGACGUAUAAAUUCUAUUGCGAUUGUCCUUGAUCCAAUUUUAAAAAGUACACACCGCUCGCAAGUUUGGCAGGAACGAUUCGCCUUCCCGGCAUAAUUUUAGCUCGCUUAAUGGUUGAUAUCUUCUUAAAUAUCGAAAGUGUGAACAUUGAAGGAUGUAGAAAAUUUUCUCUUUGCGUGUGGUUAAAAUAUAUGUCAUAUUCAAUAUAGUUUAUUGUCGGAAUGUUUAUUGAUCAAAAUAGUUGCUACCGGCAACACUUGUAACACUUCUUUCUCUCUUUGAAGAAAUUUUCUAAUUCUUUUUAGAAAGAAAAAAAAAGAUAAAUCGAUAUCCUGAUUUAAAACAGGAUUUAAUAGGAAAAAACUAAUAUCUUUUGUCAUUUUAAUGAAAAAUCGCGUAAUUACUGUUUGACAUAUUACUGUAUUUCAUAUAAAAAGAUGUAAUUUCCAAAAAAUAUUGAGAUGUGAGUCUUAAUCAUUAAAGCAUCUUUUAUGUAGGAUGUCUGGCAAUUACCAUGCGAUCUCUCGUACGUAGAUAGAGUAAGUUGAACUGAAUAGAAAAGUCAUUUACUGUUUUGCGUUCGCGCGAUUCGGCGAGAUAAAUCAGUCCAACAUACAACUACGUGCGCAGGAAGGCUUUGGGAAUAGCGUGCUUCUAGCAGCAACAAAUGCGUAAUACUGGACUGUUUUUUAUCGCUGAAUCGUACGAAUGCACGCAUAAUUCGCAAAUUUAUUAAUUAAUUUUUCAUUAAUUAUUGAGGAAUUCACAAAAUAGUAAAAGGACUUUCAUAUUCAGUUUAAUCCGCUCUAUAUCUGCUUAUGAGAGAUGGCACGGUAAUUACCAUACAUCCUGUGUACGUGGAGUCUUGAAAGAGGUAUAUGUCGUAUAUCUCUAUUAUGAAAACACAUGAGCACGUUUUGGAAUUUUUAUGUUGCAACGAUAUACUAUACAGCGUUUCUUUUUAAAUUCUUUUUAAAUUAAAGAGAAAUAUGUACAAUUAUCUCUCAGCUAAUACAUUUUUCACGUAAUCUAUUAAGAACUAAUCGGAGAGAUUUAUUUGAUAUAAUUGGUAUAUUAAAAACCAUCCGAAGACAAAAUUUCUUAUUUUCUUGUACAAUUUCUAUCAAUUGUAACACGACGUUAGAGUGACACAGAAAGUUCAUCCAUUAAAUCUUGUUUUAAAUUAGGAUGCUGAUCUGUCUCAUUUUCUUCAUUUUUAGAAAGAAGGAUUGGGAAAUUUCUUUAGAGAGAGAGAUAGAGAGAGGAAGAGAGAAGUGUUUUUGAUAAAGAUUCUAACGACAAGCUAUAUUGAAUAUUAUGUGUAUUUUAGCUGUGUGCUAACAAAAAGUAUUUUUUAUAAGUUUAUAGCCAAUUUGUUCAUUUAUACAAAUGUAACAAGUUAUAUAAGAAAAUGAGAAAUUUUGUUUUUGGAUAAUUUUAAACGUUUAAAUAUUAAUGAAACGUACAAUCAACAUCAAUCUAUCGUGACAUAAUGGCAACAAAAGUAUGUUCACUUAAAAUAGGAACACUUAUCAUGGAAUAUCAAUUAUUAAAUGUAUCUUCGCGAUUAAAGUUCUUGAUAGAUUGCGUGAAAAAUAUAUUAGCUAAAAGAUGAUUGUACGUAUUUCUUGUCGAUUUAUCGUUAGCUUUUUUCCAGGUGUAUCAGACCCUACGUAUUUCUUGUCGUCUUGUUAUCUCAAACGUAUUUCACAUAAAAAUUCUAUGACGCGCUCAUAUUUUUUUAUAACAGCGAGAUAUGCGACAUGUUUUUCUUUCAAGGUUUCGUUUAUAUGUAAAAGAUAUUGUAACGUUUCAUGUUCACGCGUAUUUCAAUUAUUUUUAGAACUGUCGUGUCCUUUAUAAUUUUGUUUCUUUCGUAAUAAUAAUAUCGACGUGCAUGCACAACAAUACAGAAUUGAUAAUAUACAAUUCAUAUCAGCACAAUAUAUGAAAAGCAUACGAAAAAAGAAUCAAUGAAAAACAUAACGAAACAAAAGACAAAUGUGUAAUGGAGCAUGCAAAAAGAAUUUUAUGUAUCGUUUAAUAUUUUUCUUUGUCAAGAAUUAUCUGAUCGUAUUCUAUGUAGGUACGUUCUGUUCCUUUUUUUUUUUUUUUCAUUCGACGAUACUUGGACCAGAAUAACUGUCUUAUUGGUUUUCUUUUUUUUUUUUUGUACGGAUGCAUAACGCGUGACGAUCGCUACUGUUUGAUUAGAAUAAUUAAGCGAAAAUGAAAGUGCUGCGCAAACGAGCUCUUGGGAACCUACCAAAAUUCUAUUAAUAGUAAUUAUUCUCUGUAAAUAAUAGUACAUUACCUAGAUUACUUCGUAUUAGCUUUGUAUUAGAUAAUCGUCGAUGUAUAUAACUAUGUAUAUAUAUAUAUAACGUCACACAUGGAGGAGUUAUGUAUGUACAUAUAUAGUUUGUAUAAACCAUGGUGUUCGUACGCGAAAUCGAGAAACAAAUUUUAGGUCGAUACUGUCACAUGUAUGUCACGGUGUUUUUUAUUUCUUAUCGCAAACUUACUUUAAUAUUUGAGAGGUUAAUAAAAACAAAUAAAAAAAAAGAAGAAACUAUUAUAUCAUGAGCAGAAAGUUUUCAUGACUUCUACUAAUAUUUUUCUCCUUUUGCCGUGAGUUUUACUACCUCGCAAAAAUGUAAAAAUUCGUCGAAAGAGUUGUCACUUAAAGCAUUAAGUUGUAGAAUACAAUUAUAAUUUAAUUAUAUAUAACGAUUAUAAUUUAAUUAUAUAUAAUAAUUAUAAUUAUAAAUGUGUAUAGCGAUAGCGUGUCAAGUACGUCGCUGAAUGGGAAUGGCAGCUGGAAUGUAAUUUUUAACAUUUGUGUAAUCUAAGAAUGAUUGCAUACGUGAGGUAGAAAUUAUUUCGAAUUAUAUAAGAGAGAGGCAAAAGGAUGGAGAGAGAGUGAGAGUCGAUUUGUUUGUUUUAUUUAUUUUUCUGAAUACAUGUUCACAGGCAAAAGAUGCCGAUCCCGAAGUAUCGCCGUGUACAUUUGCUUUAAACACUCGCAUUAUUUCCAAAUUUGUUCGUUUUUCUUUUUCACAUUAAUAUAAUUGCUUUUAAUUUAGUUAAUAAAUGAUGAAUAUUCGUGAAUCUAAUCUUUGAACAAAUGGACUCCACCGAUAGAAAUUUAAUAUACGAAAGCGAUGAAAAUCUACUUAAAAAUUCAUGCCACGGAGUUUAUGGCUCGUAUUAAUUUUUAAAAUCGUAGUCUUUAAUGUCGCGAGAUUAUUCAACUUAAUUAUUGUCUUUGAAUUCAAAUAGUAUUUAAUUCACGAUUGCUUAGCCAAAUACAUUCUCCGAAAUAAUUUUGUCGAUUUUUUCGGAAUCAUUUGCGUUGUGCGCUGAAUAAUAAAUUGAAUUUUUUAUUUAAGUUCGUUGUCGAGACAGUUAACAAAAUGUGUUGAAAGUCCACUCUUUCAAGGUUUCUUUGUCGAUGCGCAAUUAUUUCAUAAUUAAAAUGUGAUUUCGUAUUGUUUCCCAAUA